AGUGCUGCUGCGUGGCUCAAAGCACCGCGACUCGCAGCGCGGGCGGAAGGCGGAGAUGUUCUGCUGCCAGAGACGCUUCCGGCAGGAGAAUGAGCCAGUGGACGAGGCGCCUGGCUGGUGCGACAGUGUGCCGGACGACAUCCCCGGGGAGGUCCACAUGCUCAUUGUGGGCCUGGACUAUAGCUGCGACCGGGUGAGCUGGGCGGGGAAGAAUCCGCUGGAUACCAAAUUUGCAGUGGACAUCAUGGAGGACUUGGCCAGGCAAUGCGAGGUGACGACUCUGGAGAAACUCUGGAAUCAGCAGGCCACCAAGGAGAAUGUCGUUGCCAAGAUCCAGGAGGUUGCCAGCAAGUGCGGUGAGGAUGAUUAUUUUGUUUUCUACUACACUGGUCAUGGUGACCAGCUGGUGAGUGUGGAUGACGAUGAGAAUGAGACACAUGACCAGUGCUUUUGCCUGGUGGACGCGUAUGGCAGCACCGAUGAUGCCACAAUGACGUAUCGACAGCAAGUCUGGCUUCGGGACGAUGACUUCGUUGAGGCGGUCUUGGAAGCCAUCGACGAGACCGCCAAUGUCUUGGUCCUUGUGGACGCCUGCCACUCAGGCACCAUUUGUGACUUCAACUCUGGCUUGUGGGCGGAGCGGGGUCAGAAGGCGAUCUCACUUUCUGGCUGUUCGGACACGCAGACUUCUGCGGGCACUGGCAAAGGUGGACACUUCACCCGAGCUCUGUCACGUUCCGUGCAGGAGCUGCAGGCUGGGCUGGGCCUGGACGCGAGCUACUCGGUCGGCCAGAUCUACAACAAGACUUUGGAGAAUUACGGCGAGAGCAAGGAUGCGCGGCAUACGCAGAACAUUGAGAUCCAUGGCUGCACGGUUUACCCGGCGCAGAUGGUUUGGCCCCUGGCUCCGAGGCAGCCAUAUAUCUCCCGUGCCAACAUGGUGGGCUACACGUCGGCGAACCACUUCCAGAACCAGGGACAGCAGCCGGUACUUCCCCAAUGGAGCCUUACCGCUGCAUAAGGGAAGGUUUGCUCGGUCACGCGCAAGUGAGUGCUGUUCAAACCCCCAAGGGGCAUGUCAUCCAAUUGAACUCCCGGCACCAAGUGCUGGCCGGAUGCAUGCAAAGGUAUAUGAAAUGCGGGGAUAUCUUUUCCAGAG